AGACCCGAAAAAAGGAAAGCGAUGAAUCGUAGUCCAUGGAGAGACGAAUUCGGUCCAAUAAUCAAUACACUUCGCAUUUUGGUGCGCAGCCAGUUAGGCUACCAAGUGCGACAUCUUGACUUCAAAGGUGGAAACUGGACAAUCGACAGAUUUUGCGAUCUUUUUGGACGUGCCCAAACUGUUUCCGCAAGCAUUAAGGAAAUCACGAAACUUGCUACCAAAGGGAUAUAUCCUGGUACGGCAGGUUACACGGUCUCGGACGCAACUUUUGACAAUUCGUCGAAUCUUAUGCAUCAAACUUAUGAAGAAGCCGAAACUUCGAGCAACUCUGAUAAUAAAUCCUGGAAGAAUGAUAAUGGGUCAAGUCGAAAACAAGCUUUCGAAAAAUUUUGCCUAAAAACACUAGAUUUUUCUUUCAGGAAGGAUACAGAUAUUGUUACAUCAGUAAUCUCUCCGAAACCGAAGUAUUAUGGACCACGUUUGCCAGAGGGAUACCAGUUGAAAGCUUCGGAGGUAGAAUUUUUAAAUACGAAGAAUCGGGAGCGCAAGGUACCGAGUUCUCGCAUAGCAAGAUUUGCUCAAUUUGGCCAGCUUGGAGUGAGUCUUAUUAUGGGUGCAGCUGCGGAAGUGAGCAAGCGAACACUGGGAUUUAGUAAACCUGCAAAUCGAUCAGCAGAUAACAGUAUUACCUCUGCUACUGGAAAUCCGUUCAUGACGGAGGCGAAUGCUGAGAAGAUUGUGCGCACCCUGUGUAGAGUGCGUGGUGCUGCAUUAAAACUAGGUCAAAUGCUCAGCAUACAAGAUUCGGAUUUGAUUUCGCCAACGUUACUCAAAAUAUUUGAUCGCGUUCGACAUAGUGCUGACUUCAUGCCAUUAUGGCAGGUUCACCGUCAGAUGUGUGAUUCAUUUGGUGACAAUUGGCGUGAUAAAUUUGAAAAAUUUGAGGAUAUUCCGUUUGCCGCUGCAUCCAUCGGACAGGUUCAUCGGGCUUGGCUGCCUAGUGGAGAAAAGGUUGCGUUGAAAAUUCAGUAUCCUGGAGUAUCAGCAGGCAUUGACUCAGAUAUUGAUAAUUUAGUGACAAUACUGAACUAUGGAAGCUUCUUCCCGAAGGGUCUUUAUCUGGAAAAUUUCGCAACGGUAGCAAGAAAAGAAUUAAAGCUGGAAUGCGACUACAAACGCGAAGCACGUGCUAUGAAAGCAUUUCAAUGUUUAUUGGUCGAUGACGAACAUUUUUAUGUUCCUAAAGUGAUUGAUGAUCUAACUACAACACAUGUGUUGACAACAGAGUACAUGGAAGGUGUUCCUGUUGACAAAUGCAUGGAUGAGCCGCAAGAAGUCCGUAAUUACAUUGCUUCUAAAUUUAUCGAGCUUUGUCUACGCGAAAUUUUCGUCUGGAGGUUUAUGCAGACCGAUCCAAACUGGUCUAAUUUCUAUCUCGGCAAACAUCCAACUGCAAAUGUCCCAAGAUUAAUUCUUCUGGAUUUCGGAGCUUCACGUUCGUAUCCCAAGAAGUUUGUUGACCAAUAUAUGAACAUUAUCCGUGCUGCUUAUGACAACGACAAGGAUAAAAUGCUGGAUUAUUCAAGGAAAAUUGGUUUCCUGUCAGGAUAUGAAUCAAAGGUAAUGGAGGAUGCUCAUUGUGAGUCAAUCAGUAUUCUGGGUGAAACGUUAGCAUCCACAGCUCCAUAUGAUUUCUCAAAACAGAAUGUAACGAGAAGAAUUCACGCAUUAAUUCCGGUGAUGUUAAAACACCGACUAAUAUCACCGCCCGAUGAAAUCUACUCACUACAUCGAAAGCUUUCUGGAUCAUUUUUGUUAGCAUCCAAGCUGAAGGCAGUUGUUGCGUGCGGUGCAUUAUACGAACAGAUCUAUGAAGAGUACAAAUUCGGUGGUAGUGCCAACGUGGAAGACAUUAAUAUCGAUAAUUGA